CCUUUGCCCAGGACGCGGACCUGGUGGCGAGUUCGAGUUCUGCCAGAGGCAGUUCGAGCUGCUGCAGCCGCCGGGAUGUCGGGGCUCCGCGGGCAGAGCCGCGGGGUGCGCUCGGUGCUGGGCACCAUGGAGUUCGGGCGGAGGGCAGACAAGGCGGCCAGCGGGGCGAUGCUGCGCGCGUUCCUGGCCCGCGGGCACUGCGAGGUGGAUACCGCGCAUAUGUACGCGGGGGGCGAGUCGGAGCGGAUCCUGGGCGCCUGGCUGGCAGCUGAACCCGUAGCUGCGGCGGCAGUCAAGGUAGCCACCAAGGCAAAUCCAUUGGAAGGCAAUACUCUGAAGGCUGAUGGCGUCCGCUCUCAACUGGAGACGUCCCUCCAGAGGCUGCAGGCGAAGAGUGUCGACCUCUUCUACCUCCAUAUGCCCGACCACAAGACCCCCCUGGAAGAGACUCUGAAGGCCUGCAAUGAGCUACACAGAGAGGGUAAGUUUAAGGAACUGGGUCUCUCCAACUAUGCCUCGUGGCAGGUGGCGGAAAUCUAUGGCAUCUGCAAGGCCAACAACUGGGUGUUGCCAACGGUGUACCAGGGCAUGUACAACGCUACGACACGCCAAGUGGAGACAGAAUUGCUGCCAUGCCUUAGACAUUUUGGGAUUCGAUUCUACGCAUAUAAUCCACUGGCAGGAGGGCUCCUGACUGGGAGGUACAAGUACGAAGAUAAAGACUCGAACCAGCAGCCAGCUAGCAGGUUUUUCGGCAAUGACUGGGCCAAAGUCUACAGGGACAGGUAUUGGAAGAAGCAUCAUUUCCAGGGGGUGGACUUGGUCGAGAAAGCCCUCCAUGAGGCGUAUGGCUCAGACACACCCAGCUUGACUUCAGCCGCCCUGCGUUGGAUGUACCAUCACUCAAAGCUGCAGGCUGACCUUGGAGAUGCUGUGAUCAUUGGGAUGUCCACCAUGGAACAGCUGCAGGAGAAUCUCAAGUACAGCGAGGAGGGUCCCCUCCUGCCCGGGGUGGUCGAGGCCUUUGAGAGAGCUUGGCAUCUCACAGCUCACGACUGCCCCAACUACUUCCGCUGAAGGCUUUUGCAGCCUCGAGGAGAAACGAGAGCACCCAUCGGAGACCCCCCACACACACACCUCUGGACUCUCGUUUCGCCACAAACACCCUCUUCUGCUUCAGAGAUUCCUCCCUUUCUCACGAGCGGAAUAAAUCCAAGCCAACACCUCUGCGGCCUUAGAUCAAGAGAGCACUUUUCCCUGGCAAGAUUUCUGCAACGCUUUCUGGGUCCCUGAAAGUGGGCUCAUCCUUCAAAAAUAAAAAUCUUGGUUGCA